GUUUCUUACGUUUGGAUCUGUUUAACUACAUUUCCCACCGUGCACUUCUGACGACCCGCAAGCGCACUGGUGUUAUUUGUAUACACAACCGGAAGCUUAUCGCUGAAAUUGGUCGAACGGGACAGACACUGGUGUGAUGGAGAGGUGAUGUCCACGCAGCCAGAGCAGUGACCAGGCCACAGCAGCCAUGACUGAGUGCUUCCUGCCCCCCAGCAGCAGCAGUCCGGCUGAGCAGCGCAGGGCUGAACACCCAGGGGGUGUGGCACGUAGCCCGAGCUCUGAGGAAAUCAGCCCGACCAAGUUUCCAGGGUUGUACCGCACUGGUGAACCGUCACCACCUCACGAUGGCCACCAUCACGAGGCACCUGAUGCCUACGUCUCAGAUGAUGACAAAGAGCACAGCAAGAAGAAGAACAAGUUUAAGAAAAAAGAGAAGAGGACGGAAGGCUACGCCGCAUUCCAGGAGGACAGCUCUGCAGACGAAGCAGAAAGCCCGUCCAAGAUGAAACGCUCCAAAGGAAUCCACGUCUUCAAGAAGCCCAGCUUCUCCAAGAAGAGAGAGAAAGACUUCAAAGUGAAGGAGAAGGGCCCCAAGGAAGACAAGAGCAAGGAUAAAAAAUCCAAAGACCUGACUGCAGCUGAUGUGGUCAAACAGUGGAAGGAGAAGAAGAAGAAGAAGAAACCAACCACAGAGGCAGAGGCAGUCCCAGUGGAGGCCCCCACCUUCAGGCCUAUCUUUGGCGUUUCUCUGGCUGAAGCCGUCAAAAGGACAACGUUGUACGAUGGCAUUCAGCUGCCGGCCAUCUUCAGAGAGUGUGUGGACUAUAUUGAAAAUUAUGGCAUGAAAUGUGAGGGAAUCUACCGGGUCUCAGGUAUGAAGUCAAAGGUGGAUGAGCUGAAAGCGGCUUAUGAUCGGGAGGAGUGCCCCUGUCUGGAGGAGUAUGACCCCCACACGGUUGCCAGUCUACUAAAGCAGUACUUGCGUGAGCUGCCAGAGAACUUGCUAGGCCGAGAUCUGGCCCAGCGCUUUGAGGACGCCUGUGGUCGGCAGGUGGAGGCAGAGAAGGUGACAGAGUUUCAGAAGCUUCUGUCGGAGGUGUCACCCGACAGUCGACUACUCCUCUCCUGGCUCAUCACACACAUGAACCAUGUCAUCUCCAAGGAAGCUGACACCAAGAUGAAUAUUCAGAAUAUCUCCAUUGUCCUUAACCCCACUAUACAGAUUGGUAACCGAGUUCUGUACAUCUUCUUCACACACGUGACGGAAUUGUUUGGCGAUAUUGUGCUGAAGCCAGUGGUGAGACCUCUUCGCUGGUCCAACAUGGCAACAAUGCCGGCGUUGCCUGAGACUCAGGAGAGCAUCAAAGAGGAGAUCAGGCGUCAGGAGUUCUUAUUGAACUGUCUGCACAGAGACCUGCAGGCAGGGGUGAAGGAUUUGUCUAAAGAAGAGCGACUUUGGGAAGUUCAGCGAAUCCUGACGGCUCUUAAACGCAAACUAAGGGAGGCCAAACGCCAGGAAUGUGAAACUAAAAUAGCUCAGGAGAUAGCCAGCCUGUCGAAAGAAGAUGUUUCAAAAGAAGAAAUGACUGAGAAUGAGGAGGAAGUCAUCAACCUCCUCUUAGCACAGGAAAAUGAGAUCCUAACGGAGCAGGAGGAGCUGAUCUCACUGGAGCAGGUGCUUCGUAGACAAAUAGCAAAUGAGAAAGAAGAGAUCGAGAGGCUGCGGGCCGAGAUCGCUGACAUACAAAGUCGUCAGCAGGGCCGCAGCGAAACGGAGGAGUAUUCAUCAGACAGUGAAAGUGAGAGCGAAGAUGAGGAGGAGCUGCAGAUGAUUUUGGAAGAUCUGCAGAAGCAAAAUGAAGAACUGGAGAACAAAAACACACACCUGAACCAGGCCAUUCACGAGGAGCAGGAGGCCAUCUUGGAGCUUCGUGUCCAGCUGCGUCUACUGCAGAAUCAAAAACUGCAGCAAGAACUGACCGUCCAGCCGCCUCCUGACCCGGCACCGCCCACUCAACCAAGCCCCGAGGCUCAUAGCGAGGAGCAAACAAAACGCACUGUCACCACAGUGGCUGCUAACACCGACACGGCCGCUCCUGUUGCCUCAGCCAAUGGGAAAGCAGCGAAGGAUCCCCCGAAACCCUCACCGAGCAAAGACAGGAGAGAUGCAAACAAAUGACAGGUCGGGGAGGUUUAUGAAGGCUGUUGUCCUGUAGUGUCACCUGUCAUCCACUGGAGACUUCAUGUCACCUGAUCAGUGCAUUUAUUAGGGGUUUGUUUUUUGGUGGCAGUCAUGUAAAAGAAAAAUCCUGUAAAUGUCCCCCCAACUAACAGCACAGAUUUACUUCACUGUUUUCAUUAUCACAGAAGACACAAAAGAAAUAGAAAUGUAGUCACUGUCGUAGCCAACAACCGGUGAGGAUAAAGAAUAGUUUAAAGUCCAGUGCCAAGCCUGCAUGUAGGGGUGGACACAGCUAGAGAGAGAGAGAGAGCAGUUUAUGAAAAUCUUAUUUUUCACACGCAAAGAUGUAAGAAAUAAUCUGUAAAGAUGAACUCAGUCUCUAGCUGCAAACCUGUUGAAACCAAGACCACUGUGCCAUAACGAAGAUGAAGAUGAACGUAGAGAACCACUAACACAAACAAAGCUCUUCCUAAAUAAUAAUUAAUUUGUAAUUGGUCUGUCUAUAUAUUAUAUAUUUAAGUAGUAUUCUCAAGAAUACACUUGGAAAAUGACAUUGAUUUAAUUAACAACAUUGUAGUAAUAUAUGGGUACAUGUUUGAGUCUGUUGUUAAUGAUUGAAUAUUUAUUUUUUUUGACCCACAGCUUUGUGUUCCCCAGCUGUGGUUUGAAACACAAACGGCAAAUGAAACAACUGACUUUAAAGCAUCAUCAGGUGUCAGUGUUUCUCAUGGUGAAGGAGUAAAUACAUUCUCUGUAGGGCUGCAACCGAUUAAUCUGACAGAAUAAUCUGACUAUCAACUAGUUUCACAUUAUGCAAUAGAGUUAGAAAAACAUGAGAAAAUACUACUUUAAGAAGUGUUUGCAAGUGCAAAUUGACACUUCGCACAAACAGUUGUUCAGUAAUGUAGUAUUGAUCUGUUCAUUGACUCUGUGUAAUCUUUGCAGCCUUACUUACAAGUCAUUGAUUGCACCAAUAAGAACAGGUAGGAGAUGGUGUUUCUUCACUGUGUCAUUUUUGUCUGCAGCCUCUGUACAUAGUCACACAGGAGGUCUCUUUACUCUUGCUGUGCAUUUUAUUUCAGUCAUUGCUCUUUUUUAACUUGUGUAUGAAGUCAAGAGCUGCAACUAACGACUAUCAUCUUCAAUGAUGAGUGUUGGCUUUUGUUGAUGAAACAAUUACUUUGUCUAUAAAACUGUACCUUUCUUUGUCAGUACUUAAACAUGACAAAGUACUCCCUGUUAAGAGUUUCAGGUCACUGUCAUGAAGGAGUUAGAAACACACCUGAACAGUUAAGAGUGCUAACUUGAAGUAUAGACUGUUUCUAAGAUGAGGAGGAAAUCCUGUCCUUAAAUUUCACCAAUGUUCCAUGACUGUGACUAAAAGUGUGUAUUAUGGCCCUGUCCUAAUGAUUAUACUUGUAUAUUGUUGUAAAAUUGCAAAUAUAUUGUAUUUUCAGCUCUUUUGUUUUGUCAUAUAUAUAUUUUUUAACCCAUGUCCAGUUUAAACUAUGUUAGUGUGGCUGUGUUUGCUUUGGUUUUGGGCAAUUCAAAUCAAUCUCAUGUGGACUCAUGAUUCAGUGUGUUCUUCAACCCUGUGACUGAAGAGGAUAAAUGCUUGACUUGGCUGAGAAGCUUCUCCUGAGCUUAUUUUUAUAUUGUUCAUGGCUUUCGUAGCGUAUUGUUGCAGAUGGAUUAAUGCUGUGAAGAAUAAAGUAUCAAUCUAAGUCAUGUAAGUGUUUACCUUUCUUCUAAAUUACACCUUGAGUUGGGUUUGUGGCCCAUAUUUAUUGUGUCUUAUUUUAAUAAAACAUUCUCUGAAACUUUA